UAUUACCUGGAAGAGCGAAGUUUGAAGAUAGUCCCAACUUUUAUUCGUUGCUGUGGCAGAAAUGUCAAAAUGGAUUGAUCAAGGAGAGAACACUGCAGUUGGGGCCUGUAAGGAAGAAGCAACAUGGCAGACUGGACUUCUCUGGGUAGACAGGCGAGCCCAGGGACUCAGGAUUUCCUUGCCCUGUAUGCCAGCAAGUCAAGAACUCCAGCACAUCUAAUGAAUGGCCACCAAUCGUCCCCUGAUAUCCCAUUACAAAUAGGCAUACAUGCCAGGUCUGGAGCUUUGAAAAAUGGAGCUGUUUCAACUGGUCCAGCAUUUUUUAAUGGCAGAGGGGAUAAGGUUGAUCCUUUUUUGACUCUACCACAGAGGUUUAGCACUAGUGGAAAUGUGGUGUUUUGUGACAGAGAUAAUGUGGACGACUGCAUUUCGUACCUGAAUCAGGAGCUGACAACUCUCGGUUUCCCUUCCUUAUACCAUGAAACCUCUGACACGUUUGAUAUUGUAAGACUGGUGAACAACACAUAUGAACUGUUGCAACUGCAGCAGAAGAGUUUGAGAGUGAAAGAACAGUUAGAGGACAGACAACAGAGGUCAGAGAGUGACCUGUCCCACCUCCAGUCCACCCAGAACAGACUGAAGGACUCCCUGGAGCAGUAUGAGAGGGAGAUCUCCCAGUCCCAGGAGAGGGAGAGACAGCUAGUCAGUAAAAAUAAGGUGCUUAGCAAGAAGGUGAAAGCAGAGAAGGAAGAGGUUAAAAAACUGCAGUCUGCGUUAAGUCAUAAAGAUGUGCAAUACAAACAUGAAGUGAAGAAGAAAGAAAGGGAACUUAACAGACUGAAAGACAGACUGAACCAGCUUCUCACCGACAGAAGCCAGGAGAGAAGAAUAGGAAUGGAAAUUUUGAACUCACUCCAAAGAGCUGAUGGCAAAAGAAGUACAUGGAAAACCAAAACCAGCAACAACAAACACGAAGAAGACAUGUACAGACUUAUAGUGGCUAACUAUGAAGACAAACAGAGAGAACUACUGGUAGAAAAUGGUCAGUUACGGCAGUGCUUGAAUGACAUGCAAAAAGAACUGGUAGGCCUGCUCAAUGGACAGCCAUCUCCCAGAAAAGAUCAGAUACACCAUGAAGACUCUUUGGAAGAUAGUGAAGAUGACAAAGCAUCAGUUGGCACUACAUCAGAGUUUUCUGAUGGCUACUUUCAAAUGCCCUAUGAAAUGGUGAGAGAUGAGAUUGAGAAAAGUUUAAAAGACAAGUGGACACAGCUAAAGCAGAGAGUAAGAGACCUGGAAAAAGAACAGACUGACAGAAGACUGAGUUCUGAAAGUGAAAAGAGCAAUCAAGAAGUGGAGAAGCUACAACAGCAGAUCCUUGAGUAUCAAGAGGUUAUCAAACAACAAGAACAACUUAUUCAGCAAUCAAUGCAGAAUACUGACAAUGAUUCUGCCUUCCAAGACCCCUGUCUGCUCGAAGAACGUGAAGCUCUGACUGCAGAGAAGAAGCUGUUCAACCAACAGAAAAAGCAUUUUGAGGAAGAAAGGAAAAACUUCACUGAAGCUGCAAUCAGACUGGGGAGAGAGAAAAGAGCCUUUGAAGAAGAGAAAGCCAGGCAACUGAGGGACCAGUUCAUGAGCAUGACUCCAUUUGGCUCCAUGGACAAAAGUGUUUCAGUAUUGGGUUCCCAUUCCUACUCAGUACCUGACAUGGCCAAGCUGACACCAGCCAACCCCGUCUUCUCACCACUGCCUGAGAGAACUGAAAGUCUCAAGACGCCAUCUACAGUUGAUUUAUACAGGACUAUUGGGCUGAUACAUGACCAACACAGCAGUAGUUCAACCACAUCAACCAAGCGCUCGCCCAGUCCAACUAGGUCACGCGAUUCCAAAAAUUUGAGCAAAUCUCAGUCCUCCUCCACCAGACGCUCCAAUAUAUCGUCCAACGGAAGAUCUUCAGAAGCCACCAACAGCAGGCCUUCCUCGGACUCCAGCCAGAGGAUUGCGGAACAUGUUGCCAAUGUGAGACUGGCUCUGUUUAACAAGUCUGGGACAGCUGGUAUGUCUGGGACAGCUGGUAAGUCCGGGACAGGAAAUCACAGGAAAGGUGGACAGGGAGAGGAUGGAGGCAGAAACAGUUGGAGAAAAGAUGACAGAACAGGGUCAUAUGGCUUUUAAUGGGACCAAUGGUGUAUAUUGAUUUGAUGUGAGAGAUUUCUAUUUUGGGUAAUUUUAUAUAAAGAUUUUUUUUUCCUCAAAUGGGACCAAAUGUAUUGAUAUGUGAAUUUCUUAAAAGAUAUACUAUAGGACCAAUUCUUUGUUAUUUUUCCCCACAAAAGGGACCAAAUAUGUUAUAUGAAUAUUUUUGAAAAUAUAUUAUUGGACCAAUACAAAAAUAUUGAAAUUGUCUGGGUAAUGUUCGAAACUUAAGAUCUGGGCAUUCUAUUAUAAUGGUUGAUUUUUCAAAAAUAUGUUCUGCGAUGAUUCUUAUUGUUGCAACUUGAAGUACAGUUGAUUCAAGGGAUAAAUGAUGCAUUUAAGAUGGGACCAAAUGGUAAAAAUACUCUGUUGUGAUGGGUAAGAUCUCGGCUUCAGAUGCUAAAAAAACUUUCAGAUUAACUUUGAGUGUAGUCGAUAACAGUUCAGCCUUUGUGAUAUCACAAUAAUAUGUACUUGCUUUAUCAAUUAGUGUUACAUUCUGGUGAUAUUUGAAAUGAUAAAAAUUGCUGCAUUUUGUGAUAUUAGGACUAGUAUCAGUGUAGAGAUGAAAGAUUCUUCAGGUUGUGAAUAUUAUACAGUAAGCUCAGAGCUCAUUUCUUUGUGUACAUACGUGAUGAAUAUAUCUGAUUAUGUUAGCAUUGCUGCACCUUUUUCUGUGCAUGCUGUACAAGAUGUAACACUGCCAGUUAUGAAUCAUAGAUUUAUCAAUGAGGUUUUCAUAAAGCGAAAAACAAACAAGAACUUUCAAUAUUGUUUUGUAAUGUAUCUUUGACAUGAACAUAAGAUUUCAUCAUAUUCCUCUCAGAUGACAUGAUGAAAAAAGUUAAUACUGAAUUUUAAUUAUGAAUUUUUAAAAUUAUAUAACUUCAUAGUGAUGAGGAAAUCUAUUACAACCAAGCAAAGUUAUCUGCUAAGUAAACAGAAAACAUUUGCUUGCAGAAAAAAAAGUCUUUUCACAAUGGUUUAUGUGCAUAUAUUGGUGAAAAGUAAUAUGUGAAACAAAUUGCUGGAUGUUCUUGUAACAACUGGUUGUGAUUAAUUCGUUAUUUAAACAUAUCAUGGAGAGAAGUGAAAGCUAAAUGCCAUUACAUUCCUUUAAGCAUAAUCCGCCCACCGUAAUGCCACUUUGUGUACUCGACUAUGUGAUUUAUAAUGACCAGACUUCUUUGAUAUUGCUAUUUAUUUGUUUAUACAUAUCAUAUUGAUUAAAUUAGGAUAUUAUACAUAUAAUGUCGCAAAGUCAUGCUAAAAACUUUGUAACUGUAGCAUUAUUAUUACGUUUUUCUCGUGUAUUUUGUUUUUCUGUUCUAUUUUCUGUGUACUUUUGUUCAUUUUGCGUUAUCUAUGUAUGUGCCAGUUAUUGGAAUUUGAAUAAGGUUAAAUAAAA